CGAAAAAAAUUGCAUUUCUUCAACUCUUUCUUCUUUUUCAAACUUCCAACCCCUUUUCCGCUCCUUAUACUUUAAUUCACUGUCCUAUACGCCCACGUACCCUAUAUUCUGUAUAAUAUGCUUGACAACAAUAACAAAACAAUGACUAGCGGCAAACGGCCGCCAUUGCGAUUAAAAAAGAUAUUCUGCCCGCCCAUCCAUCAUCGCAGCAGCAGUAAAGAUCAUCAAGAGAUGGCUAUAUCACCGCCGAUUAUUGGGCAGCAGCCUAUUCGCAGUAAAAACAGCUUUUAUUCCUUAGUAUCGCCUACUCGGACAACACAGCCACCUCUGUUCAUGGGUGGCAAUGAAUGUUCUGUACUUAAUUCAGUGCCACCGCGUGUCAGCAGCAUGCCAAAGAAGAUGCCAAGGCGAAGUACAAUAUCCGCACCACGAAAUGAACAGCAGCAUCAGCACCGUCAUCAAGCGCCAUUAAGAUCAACAACAGAGCCCCCUGAGCCUCCCAAAAAGUCAUCCUCGCGACCGUCACGGCUGCCCCGUCCAACGAACAAUCCUCGCGCUACUGCACCACCGUCAACAGCAGCAACAUCGUCAGGGGGUGGUGAUCGACGCCAUUCGUUUCACAUACCGCCACAACCGUCGAUCAAUGCCUCAGUCGCAUCAGUACGAACUGCACCUGCUGCGCCAGCAAGUCAUCAUCACAGUCGCCUAGCAAACCUAGCAAACAACGUGUCAUCAUCAUCCUCUUCAUCCUCAUCAACAACUUGGUCAUCGGCGUCGUCGUCGUUGACUCCUGCAACGUCAACCUUGGCAGCAAAGAAGCGAAAUCGACAAUCAAGAGCUGCGGCUGCUGCUACAAUGCCACCGCCUCAACCGCUUCUUCAAAAGAGUCGAUCCACACCAUUGAGACGAAUCAAAGCGUACAACGUGGAUUAUGAUCACCGGUCAGAGAUGGAACGAAAGCGUAAACAAAAAGAAUUGGAAGAAUUGAUUGCCGGAGGACGCCGUGGAAGUACGCUCAAGUUGAGUUUGACGCCUCGGGGUCUUUAAAACUUAAAGGUGACCAAAGUGAGUGUUACAACCCACUUAAUGAUCGGAACUUGCUGCUGAGUUUUUGGUGCAAGUUUGAAAAAAACGCUGGAUCCAAGUUGGCCGCUCCCCUCUUCGACACUCCCAUUACCCCCCGCUUCUUGACU